GCUCACUGUAGAGGUCACAUGCUGAGUGCCUAGUCACUCUACCAAUCACCUCGGGGAAGGUCUGAGAAAAGAGCCAAUGGCUGCCCUAGCAGGGCAUCACCUGACAUGGGUGAGCGAGCGCACAGAAAACACGGGUUACGACGAGUUCCUUAGCAGGAGAAGCCGUACGGUACAAUGAAGGUACUGUUCGGUGGAUGCGGUCUCGCUAACUUGGAAACACUCGCGGCUGGCGAAUGAGUGCGAUGUGUGAGCUGGGGACACGCCUCCAGAACCCAAUUCAGACUACUCUCCUUCCACUCUUUUAGAAACAAAACAACCUACGGUAAAACAACGGUGUCUAUACCACGAAGCAGCGGGUGGCCCACUUUCAUUAACUUGUGGGCUCUUGCUCCGCAGGGAGCGGGGGACAAGCUGGACGGACCUUAGGACAUCGUUCAGUCGACGCCAAUGAACAGUGUGCGUAGCGCAAAGGCGGAGCAAAAAUGUCGACUUUUGAGCAGCGAGCCAAUAUUAAAUUCUGUGAGCUUCUCGGUAAAUCGGCAGCUGAAACACUGGAGAUGUUACGCCGGGCGCACGGAGAGCAGGCACUGAGCGCCACCGCCGUGUUCGCCUGGCACCGCCAGUUCAGGGAAGGAAGACAAGCAAGUGCUGAAGUCAACAAGGUCAAGGAGGAGCAGGAUGAGCAGCCCAUAGCCAAGAAGAAGAGGGGUGGAGGGAAGAGCCAGGAGGAGAGCAGAGAAGUUCUGAGUGAUGAAGAGGAUAACAAAGAGAGUGGUGAAGUGAAUAGUGUCAAGGAGGAGCAGGAAGAGCAGCUGGUUGCCAAGAAGAAGCAGGGUGCAGAGAAGAGCCAGAAGGUGAGGAGAAAAGCACCCAGUGAUGAAGAGGAUAACACAGCUGAACACUGAGUUUUGUAGACUCCAUGCAACAACUGGUAAACAGAGGAAGUGGUACAAUAUGUUGUAUACAACAUACUUAUUGGGAACUAUACCAGGACAUUUUCUUCUUCUAGGGAUUGGUUGUACAGUCUAUUUUAAUAUAAACUACCUGAACAUCUCGUUUCUUGUUUGCUGACUGUGUGUUGCACUCUGAUGGUCUGGUGUCCCAUCCAGGGUGUACCCUGCCUUGUAUCUGGUGCUUUGGGAAUAGACUCCAGACCACUGCAAUCCUGUAUUAGGAAAUGAAUGAAUGUAUGUAUGACUGAAUUUUUGUUAAUUGUUUGUGUUUUAUGAUGUACAGAAGUAGCUAAGACCAUGGUGAUGAAAAGAAAAGCUCCAGUUGACUCAGAAUGCACUGCUAAAUUAGGAAAGGCUCACGUUUACAAUGAAGGAGAUGAUAUCUAUGAUGUUAUGUUGAACCAGACCAACCUUCAGUUUAAUAACAACAAGUACUACCUGAUUCAGCUGCUACAGGAUGACAACAUGAAGAACUACACUGUGUGGAUGCGCUGGGGGAGAGUUGGAAAAGUUGGGCAACACAGUUUAAUGUCCUUUGGUGGAGACCUCGAAAAGGCCAAAGACGUGUUUAAGAAAAAGUUCUUUGACAAGACAAAAAAUAACUGGGACAGCCGGGCACAGUUUGAAAAAGUAGCAGGAAAGUACGACAUGGUGUUCAUGGAUUACAUGGCGAGCAGCAAGGAGGAAGAGAGUCAGGGUCCUUCAAAAGCUUCCCUGCCCAAGAAAACUUGCCAGCUGGACAGUAAGGUGCAGUCCCUUUUAGAUCUCAUUUGUGACAUCAGAGCCAUGGAGGAGUGUGUGCUGGAGAUGAAGUUUGACACCAAGAAAGCACCUUUGGGUAAACUGACAGUGGAGCAGAUCAAGGCAGGGUAUGCCUCAUUGAAAAGGAUUGAGGAGUGUCUGAAGAGGAAGGGUAACAAGAAGGAGCUCUUAGAAGCCUGCAACCAGUUCUACACCCGCAUCCCUCAUGACUUUGGGUUGCGGACCCCCCCACUCAUUCAGACAGAGCAGGAGCUGAAGGAGAAGAUUGCAUUGCUGGAGGCUCUCAGUGACAUACAGAUAGCAGUGAAGAUGGUCCAGUCUAGUGUUGAGAGCUUGGAGCACCCUCUGGACCGACAGUACAAGUCCCUGCGCUGUAUGCUCGAACCCCUGCCACGUAACAGUCACGAGUACAAGGUGAUAGAGCAGUACCUCCACUCCACCCACGCUCCUACCCACAAAGACUACACCAUGACCGUGCUGGACAUCUUCACAGUGGAGCGAGAGGGAGAGAAGGAGAGGUUCAGCACACAACUUCACAACAGGAUGCUGCUGUGGCAUGGUUCUCGCCUUUCCAACUGGGUGGGCAUCCUCAGCCAGGGUCUCAGAGUCGCCCCUCCAGAGGCCCCCAUCACUGGAUAUAUGUUUGGAAAGGGCAUCUAUUUUGCUGACAUGUCCUCAAAAAGUGCCAACUACUGCUACGCCAGUCAGAAGAACAACACAGGACUCCUCUUGCUGUGUGAGGUUGCCCUGGGAGACUGUAACGAGCUGUUGACGGCAGACUACGAAGCGUCCAAAUUGCCUGUGGGGAAGCAUAGCACCAAGGGUCUUGGGCAGACUGCCCCUGACCCCAGAAAUGCUGUUGUACUGGACGGCGCCACAGUGCCGUUGGGCCCCUGCAUGAAGACAGGGGUUGGCCAGAGUGGUGGCUAUACUCUCCUUUACAAUGAGUUCAUUGUUUACGACCCAUCCCAGAUACACAUGAGAUAUCUCCUGAAGGUGCAGUUCAACUACUCCUCCUUGUGGUAGAGGAUUGGCAAGAGGACAGGAAGGGGUUGUCAUCACAAAGCAGGUGACAACAUUGCACAACUGGUGUUGCUUUUGCCUUUUGUACUGUUUUUUUAUGUAGGGAUAAAAUGUUCACAGCAAUUUGAUAAAAUUUCCUUGCUGAUUUUUGAGCACAUUUUAUGUCCUUCAUGUUGUUGCUUGUUUUAUGGUUAUAAAAUAAAGCUCUUUUGUUAAACUUUUUUCACUUAUAUAUAUUUGCAUUUAUUCAUUUAGCUGAUGCUU